AUGCAUGCCACUGCCUCGCCACUAUCGUCACCAUCUCCUUUGGAUCUCCGGCCCGUGCUUCCUGGUGCAAUUAUUUCUUCAAACAUGCAUCCCGCACACGAUUCUUUGCACAGGGUUCAAAGCCCUGUCAGCGUUGUUAACAACGUGAAUCAACAGCACAACCACCAUCAGCAUCAACAGUCACAUCAUCAUCAUCAUCAUCAUCAUCACCACAGCCACCAUCUUCAGAAUAUCCCGAACGGAAAUACUGCUAGCAACAAUAGUACUACUGCCACCGGAAGCAAUUCCAGCAGUGGCAACACUACAAACGAUAACACCAGCAAUCAGCAGGAUGACACCGGUGAUGGGAGCAGCAGCAGUGCAGUUGCAACAAACAAUAGUACCAACGGAACGGGAAGUACAAAGACUUCACGCGCUCAGGCAUUGGUAAAGCCGCCUUACUCGUAUAUUGCUCUCAUUACCAUGGCGAUACUGCAGUCGCCGCAGAAGAAACUGACGCUUAGCGGGAUCUGUGACUUUAUUAUGAAUAGAUUUCCGUACUACAAGGAAAAGUUUCCCGCCUGGCAAAACUCCAUCCGUCACAAUCUGAGCCUGAACGAUUGCUUCAUCAAAAUACCUCGCGAGCCCGGCAAUCCCGGCAAGGGAAACUUCUGGACGCUAGACCCGCUGGCCGAGGACAUGUUCGACAACGGAAGUUUCCUCCGACGGCGAAAACGCUACAAACGCACCACCAUCCCGCCAGGAAUGAACUUUCCGUCGGUGUUUAAUCCUUUCGCCCCAUUCUGGAUACGAAAGCCGGUCCCGGUGAUACCGAUGCAAUUUCCACCGCAUGCCAACAUGGCAGGAUUCGCCGAUGGGCUAGGGAUACCUGCGCGGGGUGAUUUUAUUCUGGACAGUAAAUUGAAUUUGUUUGGAGGAAAAAUCGAUGAUUUGAAUGCAGCAGUAAUGGAAAACAGUGAAUUUUUGCAACGCAAUGUGGAGAGUUUGAAAAUUUCCAGUGCCAUGAACAAAUUUUUUCACGGUUAUAAUAGUGGAGAAGGAGGUCCCAGUGGUUCUUACGAAGACAGUGUAAAUAGUUUACAGUGCAAUAAUAAUAACAAUAAUAACAAUAGUAGUUCAAUUAUUAGUGAUAGUGUGAGUGGUUACUUCAGUAAACCUAACAACAACGUUCCUAUGACAAUCCCCAAUGAACGAUAUCCGUCGGGUUCUUCUCCAUCAGCUGUGGCCACCGGGGAUAAUACCAGUCCUUACGACUUAGAACUUUCUAACGACGACAGAAUCGAUGUCGAAAGUGAUGAUGAUUACAAUUCUAUAGGGAGAGUGUACGAAGCCGAACGAAAACACGACGAUUGUUAUUCAAAGCUUAAUGGACAAUACUCACCGGCAGAGAAGAAAUUGCAUACCAAAGAUCUAAGGUCUAAUGAAAUUACGAAGCUUCAUAAUGAAAUCGAAGACGACUGCUGCGAAGAUGAUGAUAACUCGGAUAAAAUCAGUAGUGGAUCGCAGGAUUUUCAACGGAGCUCUAAUAAAAAAGUUUAUAACUAUGAAGACUCUGGUCAUUUUCUACCAAACGCUAUCGCGGGAAGAUGUCAAACGUCGAAGCUCACCCUAGAAACUAGUGAUGAACUUAAUGUAGUCGACAGCUACGGUGAAACGAAGCUGGUUGGAUUUGACUUCGCCAAUCGAAAGCGCAAGUAUGGAAAUACCACAGGAUUCAGCAUAGAGAACCUGAUUGGCUGUAACGUGAACGACAGAUGA